GGCGGCUGCGAGGAGCAGCCGGCGGGCGGCAGCGGCCGGCGGGCGGCGAUGGCGGCGGCGGCGGCGGAGGCCGGUGGCGACGACGCCCGCUGCGUGCGGCUGAGCGCCGAGCGGGCACAGGCGCUGCUGGCCGACGUGGACACGUUGCUGUUUGACUGCGACGGCGUACUGUGGCGCGGGGAGACGGCCGUGCCUGGCGCGCCCGAGGCCCUGCGGGCGCUGCGGGCCCGCGGCAAGCGCCUGGGCUUCAUCACCAACAACAGCAGCAAGACCCGCGCUGCCUACGCCGAGAAGCUGCGGCGCCUGGGCUUCGGCGGCCCAGCGGGGCCCGGCGCCGGCCUGGAGGUUUUCGGCACGGCCUACUGCACCGCGCUCUACCUGCGCCAGCGCCUGGCCGGCGCGCCCGCGCCCAAGGCCUAUGUGCUUGGCAGCCCGGCCCUGGCCGCCGAGCUGGAGGCGGUGGGCGUCACCAGCGUGGGCGUGGGGCCCGAGCCACUGCAGGGCGAGGGUCCCGGUGACUGGCUGCACGCGCCGCUGGAGCCCGACGUGCGCGCAGUGGUGGUGGGCUUUGACCCGCACUUCAGUUACAUGAAGCUCACCAAGGCCCUGCGCUACCUGCAGCAGCCCGGCUGCCUGCUCGUGGGCACUAACAUGGACAACCGGCUUCCGCUGGAGAACGGCCGCUUCAUCGCCGGUACCGGCUGUCUGGUCCGAGCCGUGGAGAUGGCCGCCCAGCGCCAGGCCGACAUCAUCGGGAAGCCCAGCCGCUUCAUCUUCGACUGCGUGUCCCAGGAAUACGGCAUCAACCCCGAGCGCACCGUCAUGGUGGGAGACCGCCUGGACACAGACAUCCUCCUAGGCGUCACCUGUGGCCUGAAGACCAUCCUGACCCUCACCGGAGUCUCCACUCUAGGAGAUGUGAAGAAUAAUCAGGAAAGUGACUGCGUGUCUAAGAAGAAAAUGGUCCCUGACUUCUAUGUUGACAGCAUAGCCGACCUUUUGCCUGCCCUUCAAGGUUAAAGAUUGGGUGUCUUUAAUCUCCAGAAUAAAAGAAAAAAAAAAUUGAAAACCAGUUACCCAAAUUAAUAGGUGGGGCUUAGGCAUCUGCUCGGCUAAGUGGCUUCAAGGAGUGUAAUUGGAGUUAAGCAAAGGCAUUCAUUGUUAACCUUGUAAGUACACGUUUGGGGGACGAUUUUGUUUACAGAUGCUUGUAAUCGAAGAUGCACUUUUAGGCUUGGAAGGCAUUGUGGGGUUGGCGGGGGCCAGGCUCAGCACCUGUCCGGGAUUCAGGUAACUGGGACCUGCCGAUUGGACUGAGGCGGGUCUAGAGGUGUGUGUCCUGUAUUUUAUGGAAAAACUCAUUCAGGGAUCCAGCCCCUCAGGGGGCGGAGGGACUGAUUAUUCUGACUAUUGGGAGAGGCUUGCAUGGACCAGGGUCCCAUCAGCGUGACUGGAAGUCCGGCGGAGCCUUCUGUGUCUCUGCCUCCCGGCAGGGAGAGGGCGGAGGAGGAAGCUGCUCCCAGGUGGCGUCUCCCUGGCACUGGGUGCAAAGCGCUGCCCUCACCACCCUCCCGCCUCCCCUACUUCCUUGAAAACCACUCUGAUGUCACAACUGAGAGUCUGUUCCAUUUCAGAUACCCAGGGCUGCUGCCCAGUUCUGUAAAUGCGGCCCAGCCUAACCUCUUGCUGUCUCAAGUGUGAUUUGGACUGAGCAGCCGCGAUGGCGUGGACGCCUUCGCUGAACUCAGGGCUGCAGUGCAGGGAGCUCAGAGCAGUGCUGCUACCAAACAGUUUUUAACUUUGAACAACUGUGUCAGGCAAUGGAUUUUAAUCUUAAGUGUGUUAAUAGCUGUGCUCUGUGUUGUAGGGAAAAUCCCACUGAAGGAGCCUCUGUACCCUGCAGCCGGCAGCUCGGCUGACGCAUGUGUUGGCCAAGGAAUGCCUGUCAGUCAUCCAGGGCUCUGGGAGGGGAGGGGAGGAGAGUUGUGUCCCCGAGAACAGCAAGUCCUUUACAAAGCAUCCAGUCUCUUCCAGUCCUCCCAUUCCCUAGGUUGGGGUCGGGGUUAGAGGCUGGUGGCCCAGGAGGUCACCUGCCUUGCCCUGGAUUCCCUCUUCAGUGGCCAGGAGGAGGACUUGGCAGGGCCACCAGCUCGCCAAGGUUCUGGGCGGGGCUCUGGUCUCUCCUGCCUGCUUCUUGGCUCUGCUGACCUUUCACAGGCCUGACAGCAGACUCAGCAAGGCCAUCCCAGGACACUCACCUUCUGGCUGGCUCCCUACCAGCGCCUUGCCCGGCAGCUUCUCUCUUCCCCCCAUAGUCACAACACUCCACUUGGUCACAAAGACUUCAGAGCAAUAAGGGGCAUCCUGAGCCUUCAGCACCUCCCAGGCCUGGGAUGUCAGGUUUAGAGGGUGCUGCGGAGCAGCAUGAGGGCGGCUGUGCCCAUGAGGCUGGUGCCACUGACGCUGGCUUGGCUAGGUUGGCUCAAGCCAGGUCUGGCCUGGCAGGAUGCAGUCACACCAGGAGCGCAUGGCAUAUCCAGGAGUGCAUGGCAGGUGCAGCCUCGGCGAUGCCUCUCUUGCCAGGUGGGGGCUAGGAGUCCCUCUGCACCCUGUCUCUAGCCCAUGAGGGGCUGCAGCACUGUCUGCGCCAGAGCACAGAUUAAACUCUCAAACCCA